CUCUGCAUUUUUGAGAUUUAGAGAGAAGAAGAAGAAAAAGAAGAUGAAGAAGAUGGGAGGUGAAGAGGAGACAAAUAAGAGGGUCACUGAAUCGCUGGGAUGGUUAACGGAAUCUUCGAUUAUGCCAAAGAAGCAUCGAGCCAUCGAAGGUGUAGGUCCUUCUUCGAUCAUGGAGCUUAAAGCUCAGCUUUAUAAUUCUCAGGAAGAAGCUAAACUGACAAAGGAUUUGAACGGAUCCGAUGCUCAUUACCAUCGCGCCAAGGAAAGGAUUGCUGCGAAAGAUUCUUUCUCCGCUAAAAACUCCGGCGUCGAGAGUCGCAAUCUCAAGGACAAGAUUGAACAUAAAGCGGUAAAAGACGGAGCAGUUAGUUAUGCCGCAUUGGAGAAAAAGGCUCAGUUGUAUGACAAACUUGUUAGAGGAGAGCUAUCUGAUGAAGAAGGCGAAGAGAAGUACUGUGUUGAUUUCUUCAGGAAAGGCAAUGAACAUGAAGAUCCAAAACCAUCAAGCACUUACAGCAGUUCCAUUUCAGCACCACCUGAAGAUUUAAAACGAGAGGGUGAAGAUGAUGGUUCGCUGUUUAGCACCAAAUUUGCUGGACUUGGACGCGCAAUUGGGACAACUGAUGUAGGUCAACAUGUGCGCAUGGUCAGGGAGGUUCAUGAGGAAGUGAAUCAAGCGAGAGAAAAGGCAACUGAGUUGAAGCAAAAGAGACAAGAGCAGGCAACAAAUCGUCGGGAGAAACUCAAACAAGCUUAUCUACGGAAGCAGCUCGAGAAACUAAAGGCUCAACAACAACAACAACAAGCAGAAGAGCAAAAGACUUGAAUUUCGAUUUUUUCACUUCGCCAAGCUUUUGGAUUUUGAGUUUUGGCCUGACUGCGGAGAAGACAAUGACUGAGUUGUGUCCACCCAACCUGAUAUGGCUGCAACUAAAAGACAUAAGCCAUUGUCGAAAAUCCCCGACACUUCUUAAGGGAUGAAGCUGUAAUUAUACGCUCUUAAAGAGAUAUAUGUACUGUGGGUUGUUAAGUUGGGUUAAUCAACAGAUUUUACAUCACCAAUAUAUAGACAAUGCCUA